UAAUCGCGAAAAUCGUAUGACGUUAAUUACGUCAUUACGUGAUCAGCGCGAGGACUUUCUAUUUCAAAGUAACUUACCGAAGACAGGCGCUCUAUCAUGGCCGAUACUUCUUCACACCCCGAGCGACCGCAAGGCAGCUUCGACGACGUGUCGGAGCUGAACAACGAAUUGGAGAGAAUUAUAGAAGCCGUUGAAGAGAUAUCAGUGGAGCUCGCCUGGAUGGACUACGACAUGGUGGCACUGCGCACCAGUCCCGAGCUGUUGACCUCCAUGGAGGAAGUGAACGAAGCCUUCCACAGGUGCCGCGCUAUCGUGUGUGGAGAUCCAGGGCCGCAGCAGGAGAUGGGCUUAUAACCCGAUUCUACCCGCCACAACACAACAAAGGGGCUUCAGUUGGUGUUGAAAAGGGAUGUUUAAACCUAUUAAUGUUCAUACUUUUUCAGUUGAUGGUAGCUAAGCCUUCAGUUUGUUUUGGGCUAUAAAGUGUAAAGUAUUCAGCUUGUUUGAUUGAAUAAUAAAGAAAAGAUAAAGUGAGA